UGAGUCGCUCUCGAUUUGAAUCAAAUCCUCGAUGUAGUAUCCUCUCAAGAGGAAGAGUUCCUGGCACUGAAUCUUGUCCAACUCGUUGGAAGUUGCACUUGGGUUCGUGUCCCUGCUAAAUCAGGUGUUCGAAUAUGUUUCUAUUUCAUUCUCUCUUCGCGCUUGAGAUAUUGUUGAAAUAUCAUCGGUGAAAGAUUUGGGAAAUUUAAUCGUUGCAAAUGACAAAAUCUUAAACUUGAAGCGAUACCAUUCAAGUUUUUCGUUCAAAAGCAUUGAUACAGAAAUUAUAAUUAUAAAAACAUUGCGUGAUGGAAGAUUCGACGAAAUGCGAGGAUAUUGAACUUAGCAACACAAAUCCCGCGUGUCCUCAGCUGAAUCAGGCGUGUCCCGAUACGAAGUGUCAAACGGUAGAUAACAAGAAUAUACAGAUUCGUGUUGUCCGUGGUACUAAAAAGCCCAAAACCGAUAAUAAUGAUCCUGUCAGUAACGACAAGAAGGAUGUAAAGGAUGAGGAAACAACGGAAGCCAAAGUACGAACACUUAAACGCUCCUGCGAAUUGUGGUCUCUGGAAGAUAAGAAUACCUUUUUCAAAGCGCUUAACGAGUAUGGCAAAGACUUCGAUGCACUGCAGAGUUACUUUUUGAAUCAAGGCAGGAAACGUGGCCUCUCGGAUGCCAUGAUAAAGAAUAAGGAGCAAAUUCGACAUUUUUAUUACAGAACGUGGCUGAAAAUAUCGAAGCACCUCAAAUUCUCAGAAGAUGUGAAGAAAACCUCUCAAGAAUUAUACGGGCUGAUAAAUUAUGGUGAACUCAGACGGAAGCUACCUCGCAUUCACGAGAAGGUUUACUUAAGAUUGAAUGAAUUGGUAUAUUGGGGAUCCACGCAAGUCAGACUUCGGGGAAAAACCAUGAGAAUUAAAACGCCCAUAUGUAGGGCGCUUAGAAAGUUAAAUCAAUUAGAAGAUUGGCAGGAGGAAAUAAAAUUGCCGUCCAGAAUAACGAUAGAGCUGCGACCGCGUAACAACAUGGCUUGGUGGCAAGUACAAGCGGCGUCGAUGAAUCCACGAGUACGUACUCUUCUUCCGAUCCAAAGGCGCCUCUCAAGUUUAUUAAUAUUCUUGCAGCAGCGAUGGCGACUUAAAAAAUACACUACAUGCUCGACCGUGGAAAAUCUCAUUGCCAAUGACGUGAAGGACACUUGCUUAUUGCGAGUUGCUCCACCAGAAGGAUCCAAGAUUGCUCUGCCGAUGGUUAAUCUCGGAGAGUAUCUCACCAGCAAUAGCGUCAGUUUAAAUUCAUACGAGAAACGUCUCGGCCUAAAAAACUCAAGGGUGGAGUUGCUGGGGUCCGCGCAAUAUCUCAAAGGAAUAGGAAAGAAGGGAAUUAAGCGACACAAAUCGGACAGGAAGAUGCAAAAUCGCGCCGACGAUAAUUGCGCGUUGCCAGAUACUAGUAGCGACAUGGAUCUCUUGGAAACUGGUAGCAGCGUGUCUGAAAAACCAACGACCAUUAUAAAUAAUACAGAGAAGUCGCCGGAACAUCAUUCAGAACUCAACAGAUUUCCUGGUAGAGAAACUGUUGAGAGAAUCCGAAAAGGUUGGAACGUCGAGGAAGCAAAUACAAUUACUAUGGGUGACCUCUUCUUAAUGUUUGGUCGCGAGUCAAAAAUUACUCUGGAAUAUUGGUGGGACUGGCUGCCUAAUGAGCAUUAUACAUCCGAUUCGGCGUCACCGAGCAUACAUGAUAACAGUUUAUGUUUGGUCUUGCAAAAGUUCUUGUCACUAGCAAAGCAUAAUUACGGUACAAGCAAAGUCUACGAUAACACAUCGGGAAGCAACGAAACGGUAAUCUCGUCCCGCGUUCCGUCCAUCAAGGAGUCCACAUUCAGAAGGCCUCUUCUUCCGCAAACGUAUCACAAGAUUGGCACAGCUGACGCAUUUAAAACGCAACUUGACAAAUUUAAAACACGGUUUUCCAAACGAGGCAGAACAGUGAGACAGAAAAGUCUCGUUAUACAAAGGGUAUUGCCUAUUGUGUCGACGUCCAACAUAUCGCCAGAAAAUUUGACGAGCGAUGCGAGCAAAGUUGACGGAUCCUCAUUGUGCCAAACACAAACUGAUAAAAUAGUAGCGGUGAAUGCGAGCGAUACUCAGGACAAGACUUUCUUGGACUCCCUCGAGACAAGUGGAGACGCAAAGAAUUCCAAUUCAAUUAUUACUAGUGCUACACAGAUUCUUAAAGAAGGCGAGCAUCAGUGGCUGAACAGUGAGGUUGCCGAUUUUUCUCUAAGCAGCUUUUUAGGACAGCUCGAAUCGCCUAUGAAAGGUUCACAGAGAAGUCAAACGGGUGAACAGAUCAUGGAAGACACUCGGCCCUCUUCUGAUGUUGUAUCGCACAUGCAGUGCCUGAUGGGCGAGAAUAGCGUGGACUACAUGGCAAAAUUUGCGAAUAUGGUUUAUAACUCGCAGAUGGUUUCUAACGAAAAUAAAAAAUAGGUAAUUUAUUUAGCUCACAUUUUAUUUUUUGUUAAAAAUAAAAUCAUUCAUGUAUUUCCUAUGUUAACAUAUUGGAUUGUAACAAAAGUCCGUAGCGUUGUUUUUAAUGAAAAAAAAGAUGACGAGGUCUGAAAAGAUGGAAUCAUGAAGCUACCACAAAGAUGGCAAAAGCUAUAUGUAGUUGAAUAAAUAUUUAUAUAAUAAUAAUUUUGUGUUACAUAAAUAAUAAUUGUCACCAAAAUAACGCUACAAACUUUUGUUACAACUCAAUACAUGUGCCGAGUACUAUGACACAGACAUUUAUAUGUGAUAUAGCUUGUAUGAUGUAUGUAAUAUAAUAUGUAUAUAUACAUUUUAUAUACGAUGUACAGCAUAAAAAUGCAAGACAAUACAUAAAUUAAUGGUACAACA